GUCUCAGCGUCGGGAGUAGCUGAGAUUCAAGCGCGAGCCACGGCGCCGGCUCCUGUUGGUUUUAAUAUCUUUCUUGUUCCACUAGAAUCUCAACUCCACGAGGACAAGAAUUUUUAUCUGUUUUGUUCACUGCUGUUUUUUCAGCAUUUAUAGCAGCUCCAAUCGCGCAGCAGAGAAUCAUUAAAUAUUUAUAGAAAGAUUAAAUACGCUCUUCCGGAAGCAUCGAGAAACAAGAUUAAAUGAGCUUGGAUUGAACCUCGUAGCGACCCGUAGUACUCCUCCUUCCCGCCAUCCUAUAGAUGAAAGGAAGAAAAGGAAAAGCCCCGCCCCUCGCUCGGCUGCUGGAGGCGACGGCUUCGGAAAUCUUCACGCUAGGCUCGUGGGGUUCCGCGGUGUCGUCGCUGGCUGUGCGCGUCAUUUCCGGGCGUCACGUAACGGAGUGGCCAACGGCCUGCAAAGCAACAUGCCCAAGUUUUAUUGUGACUACUGCGAUACAUACCUCACCCAUGACUCUCCAUCUGUGAGAAAGACACACUGCAGUGGAAGGAAACACAAAGAGAAUGUAAAAGACUAUUAUCAGAAAUGGAUGGAAGAGCAGGCUCAGAGCCUGAUUGACAAAACAACGGCUGCAUUUCAACAAGGAAAGAUACCUCCUACUCCAUUCUCUGCUCCUCCUCCUGCAGGGGCGAUGAUACCACCUCCCCCCAGCCUUCCGGGUCCUCCUCGCCCUGGUAUGAUGCCAGCACCCCAUAUGGGGGGCCCUCCCAUGAUGCCAAUGAUGGGCCCUCCUCCUCCUGGGAUGAUGCCAGUGGGACCUGCUCCUGGAAUGAGGCCGCCCAUGGGAGGCCACAUGCCAAUGAUGCCUGGGCCCCCAAUGAUGAGACCUCCUGCCCGUCCCAUGAUGGUGCCCACUCGGCCCGGAAUGACUCGACCAGACAGAUAAGGAUAGAGGGGAGGCCUCAUUGUAUCAGUUUUAUAUUACCUGUUCUACUUCACCAGGAGAUCAUGCUGCUGUGAUACUGGGUUUUCUAAACAGCAUAAGGAAGACUUGCUCCCCUGUCCUAUCAAAGAGAAUAGUUUUGGAGGGGAGAAGUGGGACAAAGAAGAUGCAGUUUUCAUUUGUAUUGGGAAAUGUGAAAAUAAAAUUGUCAACUCUUUCAGUUAAAA